AUGCGCCGCGCGGGUGUUUUGCAUUGCAUUUGAAGUCGAGUGUUGUCGACGGUUUACAGCGAGCCAGCAAGUGACUAGGGACAAUUCCCACAAUGGCUAGUAGGAAAAGGAAAUCUCUGUCUUCUAUACUGAAGACCGUGUCACCAUCAAGGACUGCAUUGUCUGAUUUGAACCCAAACGUGAAUGAACUACCGACUGAUGAAACAGUCCAUCUAGAUCUGAUAGAGAAAAAGAAGCGGAGGUCCUCUAGGAGAGUGAGUUUUGCAGAGACCUACCAAGUCAAAGAAUUUCUGAAAGAUUCUGACAGAAAAGAAUUAGGCCCAUGGAAUGAUUCUCAAGAUGAUACGACACAUCAGGAAUUACCAGCCAAUGAACAAGCAAAUGUUCAAUCUGACCAUGCUGGACCGAGUGGGAGUCAUCAUGAUCAAGCCCAUCGUAUUACAGGUUUGGAAACCCUGCUGUCUGGACCCAUUAAACAGGAAGCGCAUUCCAUGACCUCGGUAGAGCAAGAUCCGUACGGAUCCCCUUUUAAAAGGGCUGCUCAGCAACUUAACCAGUGUCCUCAAAAUUACAACAUGGAACAAAGGAAGAAUGAUAUCAAUGAAAUUAGUGUGAAAAGCAGUUUCCUCAAGUCUGUAAUUGCAGCAGAUUCAUCUUUUGCAGCGCCUGCAUUUCGGUCUAAUGCAUCAACAUCCAGACAACAGGCAGAAGAUCAGGAAGACAGACCUAGAGGAUCCAGCUUCAAGAACACCUUCUUGCAAGCAAUUGUGGCUGCAGAACCAUCCCCGUCUGAUGCACUUGGUUCAAUGAAACAUCAAAGCCAGCCGCGGAAUGUGGAUCCUGGUAUGGAGUUCACAAAUUGUUACGACCCCAGUGACAUUACAAAUAGAUAUGAAGGAAACAAAGAAAAGGUUGGAGACAUCACAAGAAUAUUUGGAGGACAGGGAGAUGGGUUUGAGAAUGAUAAUGGGAUGGAUAUGACCACAUGCAUGGGAGGUUUUGAGACAAUGCAGAAGAAGCUUGAAAGGCCAGCAGCAGAAUCGACAAGAAUUUUCGAUGCUGAGAACACAAACAAAAUGGAACUGACAGAGUGCCUCAAGGGAUUUGGAGGAAUUUCAUGUAGCACUAACAAAUCCCUUGGAAGGACUUUGAAUCAAACAGGAAACAAUUUGAAUUUUACUCAGGUGUUUGGUAAAAUGUCAGAAAGUGAUUAUGCCGACAUGCCCCAUGAAUCCACCGCAAGACUCCUCCAGAGAAUUGACGAUGCUAUUGCUGGAAGCGAUUGUAGUGGGGCCGAAACAACAGGGGUAGAUAAUAGCAAAACUGGCCACAUGAAUGUUUUGCACAGCACAAGAAAUAAUACUCAAAAGUCCAUAGCCCUGGACACAAUUCAAGAGGUUUCUUCAUCCACAGUAUCGAUGUUAAAUUCAACCUGUAGGGAUAAAUCAGCAGUGUCUGCAUCCUCUGUACUUGAAGCCUGCACGGAAGAUGAUGAAAUGGAUAUAACCACUUGCAGUAAUUACACAAAAGACAUCAGGAUCAGGUCAGCUCAAGAAGAGAUGUACAGGUCACUUGAUAAAAAUGAAGUGAUGUGUGGCGUUGGCAAUUCAGUAUCUGCUGUAAAACCAAAGGUGGUGGUUUCAUCUUCUGUUGUGGCAAAAGGAAGCGGUGGAGACCAUACCAGAGUGCUUGACCAAGCCGCAGAUGAUUCAGCUGAAAUGGAAAUGACCUGCGCCAUUACCCAGCCCCUAAUCAAAGGUAAUGAGGUAAAAGAAGAGCUUCCAAGGGCUCCAGCAUUGUCAGAUGAAGACAGAACUAGAGUUUUUACCUCAGAGGAUACUGCCAUGAUGGAAAUGACAUGUGUGGUGAGUGGAGCAAGUAGGUCAGCAUUAAAUAUUGAGAGUGUCCAUCAACAAAAAAUGAUACCUUCGUCAGUCGCAAGCAAAGUAGUGUCCCACACUCAUUAUGCAAAAGAUGCCAAUGACUCAGAUGAUAUGGAAAUGACCUGUGCCAUAAAUCAAACACUGAUGACAGGUAGUCAGGCCAAGGGACAACUCCCACAAUUAACAGUCGUAGAUGAUAAAGACACAACCAGAGUAUUUAACUCUGAUGACACUGCAGCGAUGGAGAUGACUUGUGCCAUGAAUCAACCUGUUAUCAUAGGCAGUCAGUCAAGAGGGAAACCUCAAACCCUACAAGCAACUUCUAAUGAAGACAAGACCAGAGUAUUUAACUCUGAUGACACUGCAGCAAUGGAGAUGACUUGUGCCAUGAAUCAACCUGUUAUCAUAGGCAGUCAGUCAAGAGGGAAACCUCAAACCCUACAAGCAACUUCUAAUGUAGACAAGACCAGAGUAUUUAACUCGGAUGACACUGCAGCAAUGGAGAUGACUUGUGCCAUGAACCAACCUGUUAUCAUAGGCAGUCAGUCAAGAGGAAAACCUCAAACCCUACAAGCAACUUCUAAUGAAGACAAGACCAGAGUAUUUAACUCUGAUGACACUGCAGCAAUGGAGAUGACUUGUGUCAUGAAUCAACCUGUAAUCAUAGGCAGUCAGUCAAGAGGGAAACCUCAAAUCCUACAAGCAACUUCUAAUGAAGACAAGACCAGAGUAUUUAACUCUGAUGACACUGCAGCAAUGGAGAUGACUUGUGCCAUGAAUCAACCUGUUAUCAUAGGCAGUCAGUCAAGAGGAAAACCUCAAACCCUACAAGCAACUUCUAAUGUAGACAAGACCAGAGUAUUUAACUCUGAUGACACUGCAGCAAUGGAGAUGACUUGUGCCAUGAAUCAACCUGUUAUCAUAGGCAGUCAGUCGAGAGGGAAACCUCAAAUCCUACAAGCAACUUCUAAUGAAGACAAGACCAGAGUAUUUAACUCCGAUGACACCGCAGCAAUGGAGAUGACUUGUGCCAUGAAUCAACCUGUUAUCAUAGGCAGUCAAUCAAGAGGGAAACCUCAAAUCCUACAAGCAACUUCCAAUGAAGACAAGACCAGAGUAUUUAACUCUGAUGACACUGCAGCAAUGGAGAUGACUUGUGCCAUGAGUGGAGUGAACACCUCAGCAUUUUCCUUUAGGAAUAAGCACCAAAGCAAAAUACUGUCCUCAGCAGGGCUCUCUUCUUCAGGAAGAGAGCAUGCUUCAUCUUUUGCAUCAGGUUUGACUCACCUUGUGGACAAUGAUACAAAUAAGGCCACUGAAGACACUACAACAUGCUUUGAAAACACUACUUACUUGAGAAAACUACCAGAAGGACUGGCUUAUCAGAUGAGGACAAGGAAGGGAAAGCAAGGCAUGGACAUCUUGCAGAAUGAUGACACUGCGUGCAUGGAAAUGACUGAAUGUGUAAGUGCACCUCCAAGUAUUUUCUCUUCAGAAAACGCAGAUCUUCCUACAAAUAAAGAACAUGGAACGUCUCAACCAAAGAUGAUGAGGCAGCAGGACUAUGAGAAUACAAAGAUAUAUGAUGACGAGAACACUGGACACAUGGAGAUGACAACAUGUAUAGAUGCACUUCCGUCAACGAAGAUUAAGGGUAAGGCGUGUAGAGAUGAUCAAACGCAUGUUUUCAAUAAUGAGGAUACUGCAAACAUGGAAAUGACAUGUGUUGGGGUUGUCUUACCCCCGCUGUCAAAAGCAAAAAAGAUUCCUAAAAAUAUUUCUGAGGAGCCAACACAUAUUUCUCAGUCUGAAGAUCCUUCUACAAACAUGGAAUCGACAGCAUGUGUGCUUUCCGGGAAUUCAACAUUAACCGUAAAUGCACAUGCAGGCAGACCUGUAAACUCUGAUGUACUGGGUAAAACACUUCUUUUCAGCCAAUCAACAUGUGAUGACACAGGAAAGAAUCAGACCCAGUCUGAGACUUCGGAUGUUGCAUUCCCAAGAAUGAAAGUUGAGCAAAUGAUUCUACCGCAAUUUUCUACCGAAUCAGAAAUGAAGAAAACCCAACAAACCACACAGGUUAUUGAUGUCAGCGCCGUGAUCAAUACUGAACAGUCUUUGAGAGAUACAGAUGAUUUCAAGAUUCAAGAAAAGAAUGCUGCUGGAGAGGAAAUCCAUCAGAAAGAUGGUGAGAUAAAUAUCAGUGGUGACAUCCCUCAUGACAAGACAUCAGAUACGUAUACUCUAACUCACCCCGCUCUCCAACAGGAUGAGGACAAUCAGCUAGGAGAAGAACUAGCUGCACAGGAAAAGCUCCAACAGGGUCGCAACUUGGACACUUUCACCAUCAAUAACUCCUCUGUGACAGGGUCUGGGAAAAGGAAACUGAGUUCACUUACAGAGGGAAUGUCACAAAGAUCUACAUCUGCUUCCAGUGAGGAAGGCAAGUCCAAGGCUAAUGAAGAGGGGUCUUCUAGUUCACCUGACUCAGAAUCACACGCAUCAUUUGUUUUGAAGGACAGUAUCAUCUUGCCAGACUGGAUUGAUGCAGAAGAUGAGAAAGGAAUUUUGGAUGAACUGCCCAUUGAUAAUGACAACACUGAAGAUUUGUGCAUGACUUCAAACAAGAGGCAGAGAAUUGAUGAUGCUGUCUUCACAUCGUCUUACAUGGAUGCAUCCCAUUUGACCUCUAACCUAUCCCAUCUGCCCUUGUCAUCGGAGAGGGGUUCAACAUCAGUGGAAGACUUCCUCCAAAUGUUAUUCAAGUUCAACGACCUUCCUAUGGGCAAACGUAGUGUGAUGUGUCCCACCAAGAUUACUGAGCCUUCUACACUAAGCAACCAAUUGGAAGAUACCUGCGUCAUUAAACCUAAAGCUGAUAUGUAUGAAUGGGCCAUCAAAUUCCUCACACCAACGGUUCAAGAGCUGAGGAAAUCAGUGGCAUCCCAAGAUCCCAAACACUUUGAAGAGAAUGUUCCCAUUGUCAAGGAAUUACAAUCUGCUGGUCCUGAAAGAUGUUCUGAGAUACUUGAGAAAGGAAAGAAUCUGGAGAAGUAUUGUAAAGCGUCUUCGAAAACUAAGAUGAAGGGUUGGAGGCUGCAAAUGAUCAAGAAUACCAGGACAGCCAUGCAGGAUUCAAGCCAGCACUUUGGAAACAAGCUAGCCAAGGUGACAAGUUCAAUAUCUACAAUUGAGGAACUGUUACAGCAAUUAAACUCUGUUGAGAGUUCAUUGGAUGAUGCAAUCAAGAGCAUAGAAGAAAUGAAAUUGCCGUCUGAAGGAGAGAAAUCAGAAUGGAUUGCAAAUCAACAACGAUUGGAAUUAAUGGAAACAAAUCUCAAAGAACAAGAACGGGCAGUACAAGAGACUGAAUGCAAGAGGAGAAGGUUAGAAGGAGAGGUAAAGAGUUUAGAGGAUAGUACGAUGAAGCUGGAGGCAGAACAAGAAAUACUGAGCAGAUCUGGAAAAGUAACCAACCAAUCAGAGACAGAUAUAGAGAAUAUGAAGUCAGAGAUCCUCCUCCUCCAAAGCCUUCAAGAAUGGAGACUGCAAGCUUUCCAAGAAAAUAAUUACAAGUUUUCAUCCCUUGGCAAAUCAAUAUUACUCCACAUAAAGUAUGGUGACAAAGAAAGAGGUAACAAGUUGAUUGAUGUCACAUUACAUAGUGUGCUUGCACAUGAUGCCUGUAGCUCAGCUAAACUUGCCCAUUCACUAUUCUUCAGCAGUGUAAAUACAGACCAGUUAAAAACUCUCUAUCCAACUUAUAAUGACCUUCCACAGAUGAUGCAACAUAUGUCAGAGUUGGUUGGUCAGGUCAGGUUGCUCGAGGCCGAGGUUAGUAGAAUAGACUUCUGGCAUCCAGUUACUACAACACACAACAGAUUAUCAAUUGAGUUUUCAAGCAUUGAAACCCACUGUAUGUUGUGCAUUCAUCUGGAUCUACUACCGGGCCAAUAUCCAUUCACAAGAAUUCCACACAGCUCUAUCAUCAAGAUAGGAAAAAUAAGUGAGAAGGCCAUCAGUGACACCAUUGAUGCAGUUCAACCAGGAUGGGGGUACAUCUCAAGAAUCACCAAAGGCAUCGAACAGCUUCUUCUCAAGCAUUCAACAUGAGAGAUUGUAUAGCUAUUGUUAUUAUUCAUAUAAUUAUAGUGUAAAAAAAUGUGUAAAUUAGAGGAAAUGACCAUUGUGAGAUUAACCCUGGUUAUUACAGCUUUAUGUGCUGUCAAGUGUCAAGUGACAUUGCACUGUUUUGUUUUUAUUUUGCAUGUGUUUUGUGGUGUGAGGAUACAAGCGGUUACAUUUGUACUUAUAACAUAUAGAGUAUCCUAUGAAUUACCAGCAUAUGGAGAUGAUUAAUGUGAAUAUUAAAAUCAUAUUACAAUGCAAAUAGAUGUAUAGCUUUAGCACAGUGAAAGUAAAUGGUAAUAAUGCUUGUAAUAAUAGAGACAUUUGAAAAUUCACUAUUGGAAUGUAAACUUUUAAAAGUAAUACUUGCAGAUGGUAAUUCAUGUAAUUACAAUGUAAUGCUAUAUUGUGGAUUCGUAUGGAUUUUGGUGUAUUGGGACUCAAUGCUAAUGUGUUUAAUCAUCUACAUACAUGUAGUCUUUUGCCCUAUCCCAAUGAAUCUGAAAAUAUUGUAUUUCUUUUAAUGCUAAAUUAAAGAUGAUAUUAGUUUUGCAUGCCCAAAUUCUGAUAUUAUGCACACCCUAGAUACCUGAAGUCCAUUAAACUUGAUCACUAGACAACUGGGAUUAUGUUUUUAUACAUAUAUGAUAAUCUAGAUUAUCUAAAUCAAUUUCUUAUACAGUGCUUAAUUAAAACUACAUGAAAAGUGAAUUAUUUGUACAGACAAUAUGGUUUUAAUUACUAAAAGUCCCCCUCCCCUAUCAGUGCAUUUUGUUAAUAGUUGCAUUGGUAAAUAGAUCUAUCACAGAUGGUUCACAGGUCUACAACUAUUUGUGAAUCAUGAUACUAUAAUCACGAUUUGUUCUUUACUAUUCUCUUUUUUUUUAACAGGAUUUUUGUCUCACCUGCAUAGCAGAGUGAGACUAUAGGCACCGCUUUUCCCACGGCGUCGGCGUCAACACCAAAUCUUAACCGAAGGUUAAGCUUUUGAAAUGUCAUCCUAACUUACAAAAUAUAUGUACCUAGUUCAUGAAACUUGGCCAUAAGGGUAAUCAAAUAUUACUGAACAUCCUGCCUGAGUUUCAAGUCACAUGACCAAGGUCAAAGGUCAUUUAAGGUCAAUGAACUUUGGCCAUGUUGGGGGUAUUUGUUGAAUUACCAUCAUAACUCUAUAACUGUAUUGGUCUAGUUCAUAAAACUUGGACAAAAGAGUAAUCAAGUAUCACUGAACAUCCUGUGCGAAUUUCAGGUCACAUGACCAAGGUCAAAGGUCAAUGAACUUUGGCCAUGUUGGGGGUAUUUGUUGAAUAACCAUCAUAACUCUGAAAGUGUAUGGAUCUAGUUCAUAAAACUUGGACAUAAGAGUAGUCAAGUAUCACUGAACAUCUCAUGCAAGUUUCAGGUCACAUGACCAAAGUCAAAUGUCAUUUAAGGUCAAUGAACUUUGGCCAUUUUUUGAGGUAAUUAUUAGAUUGCUGUCAUAGCUUUCAAAGUUUAUAGAUAUAGUUUAUAAAAUGUGGAUAUAGGGGUAAUCAAGUUACUGACAGGUCCUAGGUGUCGCAUGAUCAAGGUCAAAUGUCAUUUAUUGUCAAUGAACAUAGUAUUGUAUCAUUUGAAUUGUGUUUUUGUGAAUAAUUAUUUUAUAGUAGUUUUCAAAGUCAGCACUGCUGCUAUAUUGAAUUGCGUGAUGCAGGUGAGAAGAAUUGUUAUUCAUAGGAUGUAAUUAUUUGGAUAGGUGUGUGUUAAUAGAGCUUAUAUUUUUAACCUCUGAUUAAAAGAGUCUAAACUUUGAUUUAAUUUAUUAUCAGUUGGAAAUCUAUGGAUUUACUGAUUAUUUGGCCUACAUAUCUGGAUUAAGUAUAUCAGUUCCUUUAAAAUGAAAUGAACACAGAGAAAAAGUGAGCUCCCUUUUAACAACAUUUUAAUGAAACAAAUAUUUUAGCAGGAGUGUUCUAAACUUGGUGAAUAACUUGUAUCUAAAAUCUACAUAGACAAUGAGACUCGGGCAGCAUGAGUUAGGAGCACGUUUAGAUACCUUUUUCCGAAAUAACGAUAGAAUAUAAUUUCUUCCUUUAGUGUUCUUAUUCAAUCAUGGCUAGGCCAUGUUUUGAGAAAAAUCUGAUUUCAAAAGUGCAAAAAUACAAUUUUUUUUUGUAGAUUUGAAGUCACUGAACUACAAAAAUUUGAAUUGUCCAUAUAUGGGAAUCAGCAUGCGGGUGGUCCGUUGCAACUACUUGCUCAAUUUUAAACCAAUUCUCAUAAAAUUUGGCUCACACAGAGGUCUUGAGUGAAAAAUGUGCAAGGCCCUUUUUUUUGUUCAUAAUUUGUCAGAAAUUGUGAUGGCAUGCAAGAUUCAUUUUUUCAAUGUUGUGGAAACUGCAUUGGGCCUACCAUGGCAUAGGCGGGUUAUCAAUCAGCUUCAGUGAUAUAUCUACGUGCCUCUGGCUUUGACAUGUGCUCAUAAAUGACUUGGCUUGAAAGUGAAUGUACUAUUCACACAGAAUGUAUUGAAUGAGUUAUUAAUACUUCUGCCAAAUUAUUUACUAAAGAAUAUUUCAUUAAAAAGGGCUGGUAGUUUGAAAAAGGAGGGAGUAACUCUUUGGCCGUGUUUAAUUAACCUCUAAAUUGAAAUUUGUGUAUAUUUUUUGAUGGGAUCCAUUUCCUGUAAAUAAAAAUAAAAAGAUAAUGAAAUGUAUGAAAUGA